AUGGGAUCAGAACAACCUUUUAUCGAAGUCCAUCAAAAGACAAAGUCCUACAAGCACAUGUGGGCUCGUGAUGUCGCCAGGACCACCAUGGAUUACGAUCUCCAGGGCGCGAUUGAUCUCGCAAAAGGGUCUGACGUCGACGUCGCUAUUCCUGAUCAUGUCGGCAUAGGCCAGCUGAGAGAAGCCACCAAGGAGAUCACCGGAGACGGCUACAUCCCUAGGAAGGAAGGUCAGAUUGACGUGGGAAUUGUUGGUGCCGGUGUGGCCGGUUUGUUCGCUGCUUUGCUCUUUGACUGGCUUAAUGACCAUCUUGAUCUCAAAGACAAGAAGCUCAAGAUCAACUACGACAUUCUUGAAGGGGCGGGAGCGGAGAGACUUGGUGGGCGUCUGUAUACUCACCACUUCUCUGACGAAGAGCACGACUACUAUGAUGUCGGUGCUAUGCGAUUUCCCAAUAACUCCAUCAUGAAGAGAACUUUCCAGCUUUUCCAGUACAUCGGGCUCACCCAAGAGAGCAAGCCAGGCUUGAUCCCUUAUUACCUGACGGAUGUGCUAAAUAAAUGCCCUUCCUACUUCAAUGAUGUGUCUCGCACAGGCAACGUUUGGGCUAGUGAGCUGCAUCCCGAUGACCCAUACCAACUGACUGGUACCUAUAGGUUCUUUCCAGCGACACUCUGCUUUGCUCCAUGGCUGACCUUUGGAAGUGGUACCGGUUGGUACGAUCAAUCCCUCACAGAGUGCGUCCUGGAGGAACUUGACUUCCACACCGACGAUUCCCACAAUGUCCAGUAUUGGUGGUGCGUCGACGGCGGUGCCCAAGAGAUCGCAAAGAGGAUGGCUGCCAAGGCCAAGAAGCGUAUAGAAUACAACACCUGCGUCCGAUCGAUCGACGCCUAA